AUGGCGGGAGACUUUUCCGGAUGCGCGGCUCGAAAGAAAAACCGGGCUCAAUCGAUCGAGUAUAAUCCGGUGAAGACGGAUGGAGGAGAAAAUUCCAAGCAACCCACAAAUCCGCUGACGACCCGCAGCGGACUGCGAGUGUACAAAAUUGUCAUACUUGGCGACGGUGGAGUCGGCAAAUCAGCUGUUACAUUGCAGUUCGUUAGCCACAGCUUCCUCGACUACCACGAUCCAACCAUCGAAGACUCCUACCAACAGCAAGCAGUAAUCGAUGGAGAAGCGGCUCUGCUCGACAUUCUGGACACCGCCGGACAGGUCGAAUUUACGGCCAUGCGUGAUCAGUACAUGCGCUGCGGGGAAGGUUUUAUCAUUUGCUACUCGGUGACUGAUCGUCAUAGUUUCCAGGAGGCAUCCGAGUAUCGGAAGUUAAUAGCGCGGGUGCGCCUCACGGAAGAUAUCCCUUUGGUACUGGUGGCCAACAAGCUGGAUCUGCAGUCGCAACGAAAGGUUUCCACCGAAGAGGGCAAAACACUGGCCACACAGUUUGGUUGUCCGUUCUAUGAAACAUCGGCGGCCCUGCGGCACUACAUCGAUGAGGCAUUUUUCUCGUUGGUUCGGGAAAUCAGGCGGAAGGAGGAGCAGCGGGCUUUGAAUGGGGGCUCAAGUUCCGAAAAGAUUCAUCCUCGAAGACGCAGUCGAUGGUGGCGAUUACGUUCUAUAUUUGCGCUAGUGUUUCGGAGGCGUAGGAAUAUUACGAACACCGAUCAAUAGGACAACUGAACAUUGCACAAAAACCGGUACCAUUUCACAUGCUCCUCUAUUACGGUUCAGUCGCAAUGUGCCGUCGCUCCAUAUGCAUGUGGUAUAAAGUAUUAUUGUUGUUAUAUUUUUAUUUUCAUUCUUAGUUACUAUAGCUAUAUUUUCCGCAAGGAAUGCGCGCUUCAAUCAACGAAAAAACUGUACUAUCUCAUGUCUAACAAAGAAACUUACCGUUACGGGAAUCUUGUUUAGCCCCGAUUCCGAUCGUGGGAUGACUUUUGUUUUAUAUAUUUAUGAUAAGAAAGAGUUUGGUCCAAAGGACCUGCAACGCAACGUAGACCAAAUGAAUAGAUUGGAGCCAAUAGGAUGAAAUAAGCUAAACAUCGACUAAAAUAUGGUUUUAAAUAUUUGUUGGUGAAUUAAGGUGCAAUUUUAAAAGAAAGAUCUACAACACUAAGGCAACCGUAAUGUAAUGGACAUGGCUAAAUCGUUUUGAAAAAAUUUCAAAAACUAGUACGACUGGACUCAAAUAUUAAAUGAAUGACUGAUCCACUGAUUGAUGUCUUGUUUUUACCCUGAUAAAUGAGCCCAAUGUGUUCAAACCAGAGUCGUUUGUUGAGAUUUGUUAAGAUUUCAUUUAUCUCACAGCAUUUCAAUUGUCUUAUGAUCAGUAUUGACAGGCAUUUUCGCAUAAAGUACAGCAUAGUAAAUUAAUUUAAGUAUUUCAAACGUUUUUAAGUAUUUUUUGUGUUUGUUUUCGCCUUGGAGGCUGUUUGGGCUCAGAGCUGAAUAAGUUUAGUUACAAAAUAUUCUUCGUGAGGCUAUCAACGUUUGCUUACUUUAAUUAUAUGAAAAAUAAUGACGAACUUGGUAUUUGUGAGACAACAUUUUAUAAACCUAUAAUCACCAAGCAAUCUUUCAAGUAUCUACAUCUCUAUCAGACAAAUACAUCAUUUUGAUGCAUGGUAAAUAGAAAUCAGAAGAAAGAAUAACUUAAAAAUUAACGAUACAAACGAUGAAUACCUAUACCUAACCAAAUAACUGUGAUGUAUGCCAAAAACUGAAAAUGUCCUAUUAUAUUUUAAACUAUUACUAUCUAUUUGAGUUUCUGUGCAUCUUGGUCCUUUUUUCACUUUU